AUGGAGGUCGCGCUGCCCCGCAACAGGGAGCAGGGCGCCCGGGGCACCUGCGCCGGCCAGGAGGACCUGGCGUGCGGGGUCGGGGUGGACAGGCGGCUGACGACCAGGCUGCCAGAGUGGGACGGCCUCGGCCAGUCGUUGACCUUGGAGUUCGACGAGCGCCGCGUGAUGGCGUCCGCGAAGAACUUCCAGCUCGCCUGCUCGGAAGCUCCCGAGGAGGCGAUUUUCCAGCACGGCAAGAUCGACGACAGCGCCUUUUGUCUGGACUUCAAGGCGCCGCUGGGCAUCGUGCAGGCCUUCGGCGCGGCCCUGACGGCCGCCUACUGGACGUGA